AUGGAGAGAGGGCAAGAGCCGAGCCCCUUAAGCGAGAAUGAACGAUUCAAUGCCUUCACAUAACGGUUCCGAAAAACCGUACCCGUCCCCACCUCUCUCUCUCUUUCCCCAUUGUAAUUCUAUUCCACCCUUCUCUCUAUCUAUUUCUCUAGUCUUGGUGUGUGUUUCUCUUAGUUUUAUUGGAUAACUUAACACAAACCCUUUUCUUUUUUUGUCUCUCUCUCUCUCUCUCGCCAUCCCUUCCAAUACCAAUUAACUCACAACCCUUUUCCCCUUUUCUUCAAUCCACUGCUCCCCCUUGCUUCAAGGAAAAUGUUGGUUGCCGGUUGUUUUGACAUCUGAUAGCAAUGGCAGCUGAUCAGCGGAGAAAGCGGCUGCAUGGUGCUAGUAUUACUGGCUGCAAUUCUUUGGACCAAUGCAAAACCAAAAAGAAAAAGCUAAAGCUAGAGCCUUCGAGAAAUGAUUCGAACACAAAAUGUUGUAUUUCCCUUGAGUGGGAUGGGAACAAAAAAAAAGUUGUUGCCAAAAGGGAACAAAUUGGCUUAAGUCAGAGGCAUUUAAGGUCAUUUACUGAGUCCACAACACAUUGUCAUAGGGUCUUGGCAGAUGUUUUGACUCUUUGUCCUGAAAUUUUUGAAUUAGAGGACUUGACAGAGGUGCUUUCUUAUGAGGUUUGGCAGACUCAUUUGUCUGAAAAUGAGAGGAAUUUUCUGAUGCAGUUUCUUCCCAGUGGGAUAGACAAAGAGCGGGUCCUGCAAGCAUUAUUUUCUGGAGAUAACUUUCACUUUGGAAAUCAUUUUCUUAAAUGGGGCACAUCACUUUGUUUGGGUCAUCUUCACCCUGAUACAGUUAUUCAAGAGGAACAACGUUUAAAGGCUGAGAAUAAAUCAUACUACUCAGAGUUACAGGAAUACCACAAUGAUAUGAUAGAGUAUUUGCAGAAACUGAAGGAGAAAUGGGAAAGCUCCAAAGACCCAGAAAAAGAAAUUUUGCAGAAGUUAUGGAGGUCAAAAAGGGUUGGUAAAAAAAAGGUUUUCUCUCAUACAAAUGAGCCCAGGCUUGAGACUGUUGAGCAGGAUGUUACAGCGACUUCUGAAUCUUGUUCUUGGGUUGCAGAUGAGAAAGCAUGCAGUAGUGAUAACCAGAAUUCUUCUGUUGUGAAGGUUGGAAAGAUACGAGGAAGUAUGUACGAGAAAGGGAUGAUCAAGAAUAAAGGUCAAAUGCUCUCGACUGCUCCUGAUUAUGCAUUGACUGUGGAAGCAAGACCCAAAAAAUGUGACAAGAUACGCAGACGCAAUAUUCAGCAGUGUGAUGGUGCUAAAUAUAUGUCAUGUUUUAAGAUAAGCAAGAAGCAGCAUGAUCUUUUAAAGAAUAUGGAUCAGUCUGGUAGAAGCAUUCAAUCCAAGUCUCUCACCUGUGUUUUAGGUGACAUUGAUACCUUACAUGUGCAACCAUAUGAAGUAUUCUUAGAAGAAGAACAGAGGAGGUUGCAUGAACAUUGGUUGAAACUGGUAAAAGAAGAUCUCCCUGCGUCAUAUGCAACCUGGAGAGAAAUACAGUCACAGAAAUGGAAAAUAACCAAGUCGUUGGAGCAGGAGAUGAAAGAAAAUCUAAAUUCGCUGCUGGAGGAUGAGGAGGAUAAAGAUGAAGACACAUUAAAGCUUCAGGAUCGGGAAGACAAUGCUGAUGUAAACUUGGUUGCUCUAGAUGUAGAGGAAGAGGAUCCUGAGAAGUCGCAUGAAGAUGAGAAGGAUACUGAAGCCACAGAAAGUGAGUCCAGCAUGGAAGAUGGGGAGUCUGUUCUGGCCUUAGCACCAAAUCAAUCCCCACAGAGAAUUUCUUUUAUUGAUCAUGGCCAGCUGUGCAAUCACAUGGAGGAGUCUGAAAAUAAUGAGAAUAUCGCAAAAUCAGAUGUUGCAUCUUCAGAUGUAUCUGAACACUCAGACAAUUUGAACACUGCUGGUGCAACUGUUGGUCAGGAUGUUCCCGUCUCUUCUUCAGAAAUUGUCUGGCCAGCAAAUAGCAUUCCACACUCUUACAAUGACUCCACUGCUGACCAUAAAUACACAUCUACCAGUGGAUUUUCAUUCAUUCAUCAAGACACCGAAGACCAACAGAACCAAAUGAUUGCUCUGGAAUCAGACUUGCAUAAAGAGAGUACCAGUAAGGCUUUGUUGCAUAGACAUUCUGAGGAUGUUCCCUUUAAUUCUUAUACAAAUCAGGACCGAAAUGAGCUGCUUCAAUCUUUCUUCAAGGAUCAGGGAGUGUCGUCAUAUCAUAGCGAGCAGAAACAGGCAGGGCCAGAUUUCCAGCCCCCAAAUAAUCUGUUGAUGGACGAUGGUCGUUUUAAUGGGCAAUUUCAGGAGCAGUUGCAAUCAUCUUUGCUGUUAGAAGAGAAGCAAAAGGGGCAGAAUGAGGUUUAUAUGCAACAAAACAUGCCACAUAAUAUUUACUCCGAUGGAGGUAGAUACAUGACCCCAAGUCAAGAACACCUGCCUUCGGGAAAUUUGCAAGAUUGGGCUGUGCCUCCUGCCCGCAUGCCGGCACCUUUCCAACAUCAGUUGAAUAAUAGAGAUUUGUUGAGUCAAAGCUGGUUUACCGGAGAGCAUCAAGUUCGUGGUGAAUGGGCUGGUUCAGAUGGUUUUAGUGGCCAAAGUCAGAGUAUGUUGAGUGCAAGCAAUGCAGAUCAGAGCCUAUUUAGUGUUCUAUCUCACUGUAACCAAUUUCAUUCAAGCAGCCCUUAUGAAUCAAUGGGCUCUACCGAGCAGUUCAUCCCACAGAGGAACAAUGGAAUGAUGAGGGGUGUAACUCCUGGACUAAUUGGAAAUGGUAUGCAGCAAGCUGCUCAUCCAUUUGAUUAUUUAGGUACUCGUGAUACAACUACCCCGCUGAUGGCUGCUGAUGAUCCAGUAUGGAUGAACUUGCCACAUCCAAAUUCUGCUUUGCAUGAUCCAAUGGGAAAACCAUAUUUAAGGUCAUGGGAUAACUGAAGAGGUCCUUUAAUUUGUUUCCGAUGACUGGAAAGCCUUAUCGGUUAUGAGCCGCUAGGAUAUAAUUUGGAGGUAUGCUGAAUGAAUACCUCAUUCGAUGGGAGGUUCAUUUUUAUAAUUAUAUAUAGAGGAAUUGUAGAAGAGACUUCUAGGUUUCAAGACUAUGAGAUAGACUUCUGUACAUACACCUAUACUAUACAAAGAGCCAACUGAACUCAUUUGGGAAGGUUUCAUA